AUGACCAAUCUCUCUGGGUUCGGCUGCUUCAUGCAAGACCUGAUCCAGCGGCCGCAAGACGAGGGCUGCUACAUCGUCGACUGGCACUCGCAAUCUGUUGAGGACUCGGUGAGUCAACAGACGGACCACAUGUUCAGCUUCUGCCAGAAGACACGGCGGCAGCGCAUCAACCAGACAAACCGUGUCGAGCGGCUGAGCCCGCUGCUGGACUGGAAGAACCUCGGCAUCAAGUAUUUGAAGGCGCGGCAGCUUGCGCUUGAGCGAAGGCGAGGAGCUCGACUUUGGCAUGGAGCGCAUGAUGCCAAACUUGGUCCCCACGAGCCUGCGCUUCCGCAUGUCCGGCUUCGCGACCCCAGUGACAUUGGCACGCUCACGGAGGAGAUGCGGAUGUCGGGCACGAGCAACUACCGCAGCUACCAGUGGCCGAGGCAUAUGGAAGAUGAAGACGAGGGGCACCCGAUGUGA